UUGAUCGUGGAGCUAGUCGAAAGGUCGGAGUGUGCGGUGAUGGGACCGAGGUGACGGGCUAAGAAGACGCAGGAGGAGGCUUUGUACACACUGCAAAGGGACGGCCUGACUGUUGGGGACACCGCCGCCUGCGGGGUGCAUCGGUACAAAGUCCGACCGGAUCCCUCGACUGUCGCCACUCCUCUCCGCCCAGGAGCUCCGAUGGCGGCGGCUGCGCUGAGAGACCCGGCUCAGGGCAGUGUGACCUUUGAGGAUGUGGCCGUGUACUUCUCCUGCGAGGAAUGGUGUCUUCUUGAUGAGGUUCAGAUACACCUGUACCUUGAUGUCAUGCUGGAGAACUUUGCCCUUGUCUGCAUGCUGGGUUCUUGGCGUGGAGUCGAUGAAGAGACACCUUCUGAAGAGAACAUAUGUGUGGAGGGAGUGUCACAGAUUAGGACCCCCAGGGCAGGUUCAUCUCCUGAGAAGGCCCAGCCCUGUAAGAUGUGCGUCCCAGUCUUGAGAGACAUUUUGCACUUGGCUGAAGAGCAGGGAACAAAUAGGGGCCAGAAAGCAUACACAUGUGGGGCAUGUGGGAAACAGUUCUAUUUCACUGCAAACCUUCAACAGCACCGGAAGCAACACAUUAGAGAGAAACCCUUCCGAUGUGAUGUGGGGAGACUUGCAUUUUUGAAGAGCUUCACAGUCUACGCUUCAGGGAAUCUCUCUGUGUACAGUGAAAUUGGGAAGAAAUUAGCAGCCAACAUGGGACUUCAGCAACAGGCCAGUAAUAUCAGGAAGGAACGAAACAACAGUCACGAGUGUGAAGCUGUUUUUCACAGUGGAACAAUUAAUCGGAGCUGGGGAGAAGGCAAGAAAGCCUCCAGCCACACAGAUAUGUGUGAGAGAGUCGUCACUAGUGAAGGGUUUUGUGAGUGCAGCAAAUGUGGGAAAGCCUGCACCCAAAGUUGUAAUCUUAUGCAGCACCAGAGAGUUCACACUGGAGGAAAGCCUUAUGAGUGCAGCGAAUGCGGAAAAUCCUUUAGCCGAAGCCACCACCUCAGUGUGCAUAGGAAGAUCCACACUGGAGAAAAGCCUUAUGCAUGCAAGAAAUGUGCUAAAUCUUUUCUCCAGAGGUCCAGCUUCAUUCAACAUCAGAGAGUUCACACUGGAGAAAAGCAUUAUGAAUGCAGUGAAUGUGGAAAAUCUUUUAGCAAAAAGUCCAAUUUCCUUCAACAUAAGAGAGUUCAUACUGGAGAAAGGCCUUAUGAGUGCAGUGAAUGUGGGAAAUCCUUUAUCCAUAGAUGUCAACUUUUUAUACACCAGAGAGUUCACACAGGAGAAAGGCCUUAUGAGUGCAGUGAAUGUGGGAAAUCCUUUAUUCAUAGAUGUCAACUUCUUAUACACCAGAGAGUUCACACAGGAGAAAGGCCUUAUGAGUGCAGUGAAUGUGGGAAAUCUUUUACAGUUAGGUCUGUCCUGCAAAAUCAUCAGAGAAUUCAUACUGGAGAAAGGCCUUAUGAGUGCAGCCAAUGUGAGAAAUCCUUUAUCCAUAGAUGUCAACUUCUUAUACACCAGAGAGUUCACACAGGAGAAAGGCCUUAUGAGUGCAGUGAAUGUGGGAAAUCUUUUACAGCUAGGUCUGCCCUCCAAAAUCAUCAGAGAAUUCAUACUGGAGAGAGGCCUUAUGAGUGCAGCCAGUGUGGGAAGUCCUUUAUCCAUAGAUGUCAACUUCUUAUACACCAGAGAGUUCACACAGGAGAAAGGCCUUAUGAGUGCAGCCAAUGUGGGAAAUCUUUUACAGCUAGGUCUGGCCUCCAAAAUCAUCAGAGAAUUCAUACUGGAGAAAGACCUUAUGAGUGCAGCCAAUGUGGGAAAUCCUUUAUCCAUAGAUGUCAACUUCUUAUACACCAGAGAGUUCACACAGGAGAAAGGCCUUAUGAAUGCAAUGAAUGUGGGAAAUCUUUUACAGCUAGGUCUGCCCUCCAAAAUCAUCAGAGAGUUCACACAGGAGAAAGGCCUUAUGAGUGCAAUGAAUGUGGCAAAUCCUUUAUUCAUAGAUGUCACCUUCUUAUACACCAGAGAGUUCACACAGGAGAAAGGCCUUACGAGUGCAGUGAAUGUGGGAAAUCCUUUAUUCAUAGAUGUCAACUUCUUAUACACCAGAGAGUUCACACAGGAGAAAGGCCUUAUGAGUGUAAUCAAUGUGGGAAAUCUUUUACAGCUAGGUCUGGCCUCCAAAAUCAUCAGAGAAUUCAUACUGGAGAAAGGCCUUAUGAGUGCAGCCAAUGUGGGAAAUCCUUUUUCCAUAGAUGUCAACUUCUUAUACACCAGAGAGUUCACACAGGAGAAAGGCCUUAUGUGUGCAGUGAAUGUGGGAAAUCUUUUAUUCAUAGAUGUCAACUUCUUAUACACCAGAGAAUUCACACAGGAGAAAGGCCUUAUGUGUGCAGUGAAUGUGGGAAGUCUUUUAUUCAUAGAUGUCAACUUCUUAUACACCAGAGAGUUCACACAGGAGAAAGGCCUUAUGAGUGCAGCCAAUGUGGGAAAUCGUUUACUGCUAGGUCUGGCCUCCGAAAUCACCAGAGAGUUCAUACUGGAGAAAGACCUUAUGAGUGCCGUGAAUGUGGGAAAUUGUUUAUUGUUAUUUCUGGCCUUAUUAAACAUCAGAGAGUUCACACAGGAGAAAGGCCUUAUGAGUGUAAUGAAUGUGGGAAAUCUUUUACUGCGAGAGCUGGGCUCCGAAAUCAUCAGAGAAUUCACACAGGAGAAAGGCCUUAUGAGUGUAAGGAAUGUGGGAAAUCUUUUACUGCGAGAUCUGGCCUCCAAAAUCAUCAGAGAGUUCACACAGGAGAAAGGCCUUAUGAGUGUAAGGAAUGUGGGAAAUCUUUUACUGCGAGAUCUGGCCUCCAAAAUCAUCAGAGAGUUCACACAGGAGAAAGGCCUUAUGAGUGUAAGGAAUGUAGGAAAUCUUUUACUUCUAGGUCUGGCCUCCGAAAUCAUCAGAGUUCAUACUGGAGAAAGGCCUUAUGAGUGCAGUGAAUGUGGAAAAUCUUUUAGCCAGAGACAAAUCCUCAGUACCCAUAGGAAAAUCCAUACUGGAGAAAGGCCUCAUGAGUGCAAAGAAUGUGGUAAAUCUUU